UUCCCCGCUCUAUAGCAUUUUGGGGUGUUAAUUCCCGAGUGCCAGCAAGAUGGCGUCGCCAAGUUCUCGGGGUUCUGGGCUGCAGGGCAACCCAAGCGCACCGCCAGUUCCGCCCCGCCCUGAAAAAGUUCCGCGCCCCAGUAUGCUGCAGUAUGAGCCCCAGGAAAGUCAGAAAGCCUCCAGAUCCCGAUUCAUAGUUUUGGUGUACCUACUGGUGGUGGUAAUACUCCUGCUCGCCUUGGUCCAAUGGGAACUUGUGUCCCUAUACAAACCCCUAACCAAUUACUUUUUGACCAAGUACUGGCUGAGUGUGGGCUGCAUGCUCAUAGCGGUUCCUCUUUUAGCGGUCUUUCUGAUCCUUCGUAAAGCUCGAUAUACACCCAUCCUUAGCUGGGUGCUCCUCUGUGUCAUUAUAGAACUAAUGGUUAUUGGUAUUUGCACUUUGGCUGCCUACUGUACUGCACUAUACUUUUUGUUGUGGUUCACCCUAACUGCCUUACUGGUGGUGACCUUUGUGCUCAUUGGUUCCCUUAUUCCCUCCGACUUGACCGCUAAUGUGGCUGUCUUGUUUCUAGUCAGCAUGCAGCUGUUUUGGUUUGGAAUAUUUCUACUGAUGAUCUAUGUGAUUGUCGAAUCGGGCGAUGGAUUUUUCUACGCCUUUGCCUUUAUGGUCUUGGGCAUAGUUGGUAUGUUUCUCAUGUACCAUGCCCAACUUAUCCGAGGUUGGCGCUAUGCGGAACUCUACACCACCGAUGGUCUCCUUGCAGUGAUCAUACUUUUCUGCCACUUUUGCAUUAUUUUGAUGCUUUUCUGCUUCUGCGAUUGGUUGAAUACAAAAGACGAAGAUGAUUUGGACUCUGGUGAAGCUAGGGUGACAGCAGGUAUUGAAGAUCCUGAAAGAAAGAGCGAUGAAUUGGGACUUAGAGUGACCAAUACGAACGGUUAUUUUGAGGGAGUAAUAAACCUUUGA